AAAAAUAAAUCAAAUCAAAUCAAAUCUCACCUCAUCCUCUCUGUCCCCUCAACUGAAUGAACAUCUCGCGUCAGUACAAACUAGCCACGCACGCUCUCUCUCACACAGCUCGUCCAGACCUAUAUUACGUCAGUGUCUUCAAACCAUCAUCAGAAAACAAACCCUCAAUCAUUAUUCUUUUUUGACCCUGGAGGGGUACAUUCUCCGAGGUGAUAUUGCAUCGGACGUAAAGCCUGACAUAGAAUAGCAGGUUUCCCUUUAUCGGGGUCAUUAGUAUACAGUACUGAAUAGAUGGGACCAGUGGUCCGUUGAGAACAUGAGGACUUGUAGGGUUAUAUUGCAUGAUACCUGUCGACAAGCAGCGAUCGCCUCCCGUCCCAGCGUAUCCGACUCAAAAGACAAUAAAAAUCGCACAGGUCAGAAACUUCACGAUGCCGUAUAUCCCCGCCGUAAAAGCCACCCAACAGACGGGGACGACAGACCGAGACUUGCAAAAAUAGUCGGAGAAUACUUGUUCAAUGCGGCUGUUUCCAGUAUUUUACUGCGGUAUUACCUUUGGAGUAUAUAUAUCCCGAUUAGCAGGGUAGUAGUGAAUAGUACUGACAAAAAACUAAGGAACAAAAAAGCCAAUAAAUAGAGAGGUCGCCUAGAGCAGGUAUUUAAGCAGACAUAAUCCCUAGAUGGUUCAGAGAAAUAAGAUAACCGUCCUCAUACUUUUCAUGAAUAAUAUGUCACCGCGUUUCGUACCCCGUCAUGGUACUUCACGUCAUCAGUGUGACACACAGAGUGAACCGUCGACGGUAGGACUUCUUCGAAAACGGCUCCUUUAGGAGAGCCCUGUUGAGGAGAGCGAAUGUUGUGCCUCCAUCACAUAUGAGUGGUCUUCUGCUGGUAAGUUGCGCAAUUGCCCAAGGACGCGUGGUGCUUUGUCCGGUUGCUGCAUCGCGAGAUAUCGAAACGACUCGUUGCGAGAAGCAUACCGACCCAGAGAAUCACCGCGGGGUAUGCCUGCAGGGAAAGAGGAA